AUAUUCUAUUCAAGCAUUUCGAGCGCAUGCGCAUUUGCUCAGCCUAUUAUACAUGGAGACAUGUCAAAUGCACUAAAGAGCCGAGUUCAUGAUUGACUUCAGUUUCUCUAUAGUGGCGCUGUUGUAAGAAAUCGGCAGAAUAGUUGUGCAAGUAUUUUACCGAAAAUCGGUGCAAUUGCAAUAGUUACAGCCAAAAGGAAGAGACUUCAUUAUCAAACUUAAUUAUUCGAACUCAUCUCAAUAAUUUUCAUAUAAAUUUAAUUAUUUUUGCAUCUGUUUUAUUCAAUACUUAUCAGUAAGAGUUUUGUUUGACAAUGUUCCUUUUGUUUUUUCUAAUCGUCACAGUAUCUUCCAAUCAAUCUUUUUGGAAAGAAGGAUUGACGCAUCUGAAUAAUGCCCAACUUCAAGACUUUUUGAUACAAAUCCACGAAAAAUGCCCUAAUAUUACUCGAGUAUAUGAAUUAAAGGAGUCAAGUGUAAAUGGAUGGCCUCUAGUUGUUAUUGAAUUCACUCAACAUCCUGGUAAACACGAAGAAUUGAAACCAGAGUUCAAAUACAUAGGAAACAUGCACGGCAAUGAAGUUCUGGGCCGUGUUUUGCUGACUACUCUGGCUGGUUAUUUGUGUGAAGAAUAUAAAAAAGGAAAUACUGAUAUACAAAAGUUGAUAAAUAUUACACGAAUUCAUAUCUUGCCCUCAAUGAAUCCAGAUGGUUGGGACAUAGCUACCAAGUCUGGUGGAAGAGAUUGGCUUGCUGGAAGAGAGAAUGCCAACAAUGUUGAUUUAAAUCGUGAUUUUCCUGAUUUAAAUGCUAUUGCCUACUUAUCUGAGAAAGAUGGAGAGAGGAGAACUAACCAUUUCUUCACUUCGGAUGUCGUCAAUCACAGUUUGCAGCCCGAAACCAAGGCUAUCAUUCAGUGGAUAUUGAAUAACCCUUUUGUGUUGUCUGCUAAUCUUCAUGGAGGAGCGCUUGUGGCUAAUUAUCCAUAUGAUGAAGCUCGUGGACCAAAUAAAAUUCAUGACUAUACUGCUACCCCAGAUGAUGAUACUUUUAGAUAUUUAGCUGGGAUCUAUUCUGGUGCUCAUAAAACUAUGGCUGCAACCAGACCAAUCAGCUGUGGUGGAGAUGAUUUCACUCACCAGGGUGGUAUUACCAAUGGGGCAGCAUGGUAUAGUGUUGCUGGAGGGAUGCAAGAUUUCAACUACUUGAGCUCAAAUGACUUUGAGAUAACCCUAGAACUAGGCUGUGACAAAUAUCCUCCAACUUCUAAGCUGAGUCAAGAAUGGGAAAACAAUAAAGAGGCUCUUAUUGAUUAUAUUUGGCAGAGCCAUAUUGGUGUUAAAGGAAUAAUUGAAGAUGCUGAGUCUGGCUUGCCUUUAAGUGGUGUUACAAUUAAAGUGUUCAAUGUAACUGGUAAUCGUAAAAUUGAUCACGAUAUUACUUCUGUGGACGGUGGUGAGUAUUGGAGACUUCUCACUCCUGGUAAAUACCGUAUCACUGCUGCGAAGAAUGGAUACAAGUCGAAGGCGGAGAUCAUCACAGUAGAGAACACGCCCCACGAGGAAGCAGUGCGUUUAGAUUUCAAACUCGUGCCAGAACUCGAAGAUAAUUCUGAUGUCACAUUUGACACAAUGACAAGUGAUCCAAACACUCUUGAAAUAUUGCAUUUACUUGACUGGAUGAAGAGGAUGAAGAUUAGAAAUUAGAAUAAUUCCCUCCUUAUUAGAUAAGUUCCUUAACUCCCCAUUUAAGAAAUAUUUUAUGUACAAAAGAGUGCCGAGAUUGAGUGAAUUGUCCAAUUAACCUAAUCAACUAAAUUAUUUCUCCACUGAUUUUAUUUUUAUUGAAUCUACACUUGAUAUUUUAAUUAAACAGGAGCUACAUUCAACAAGGUUACGCCUCCACAGGGAAAAAGCAGGGAAUUUAGAAAAUGGCAAAAUACAGGGAAUUUUGUUUCUUAUUUUCAACCACUCAAUGCAAAAUCUAUGGAAUAUUUAAGGGUGAUAUUUCAGUCUGUUCAGCUGUUUCUCAUUUUCUCUAAGUUUUUCCAGCAAUUAAAACUAGUAUACUUAGCUCAAUAUUGGUCACACAAGAGUGCAGUAAUUGUGUUUCCUCUCAAUAUAUUGUGUAUAAUAUGUACAGGGAAAGCGCAGGGAAUUUUAUUUCCAGAUUUGAGUGGCAACCCUGUACACUAAAUUAUUGCUAUACGUAUUUUAUUUUUAUCGAAUCUACACUUGACAUUUUAACUAAGCAUGAGCUACAUUCAACACGGUUGCCACUCAACAGAGAGAACGGGGAAUUUAAAAAGCACCUAAAAUUACAGAGAAAAUGCAAGGAAUUUUGAGUUUUUCUCUAGAAACUGGUAAAAUACAGGGAAUUUUGUUUCGUAUUUUCGUCUUUGAAAAAAAAUGGUGACCACUCAAAAUGCAAUUUAUAGGAUAUUUCAGCUAUAUUAAACUAGUUCAUUUAUUAUUGCUUUAUUUGUUUUAAAUAUGUUCUGCUAUUCCCUUAAUUAAAAUUAGUAUAGUUAGUUCAAUAUAGCUGACUCAAGAGCACAGUAAUAGUUGUUUCCUCUUAGUAUAUUGUGUAUAAUAUGUUUAGGAAUUUCUUUCCUUCCAGAUUUGAGUGGCAACCCCAUUUUUUAAAGUUGUCCGCUUCAGCUGUUUUUUUGUUUGCUGAAUCUGACCUCAAUUCUGGCACUCUAUUGUAAUUCUGUAUAGGAGUGCCAAAAAUAACUUAUAUUUGCAUAUUCUUAUGUUUUACUCUUACUUUUUAUGACAUAUUAAUCCAAAACAAUUUUAGCCAAAUUACUAAAGUAAUCAAAACAUUAGAGAAACCUGAAUUUUAAUUUUGGGCUGGGGCUUUUACUUUUUCAAAAGAUGGUAUUAAUAAGAUAAAUGCAUUUUGCUGUUUUUAGAAAAUUGAUUGAUUUUACGAUAUUAUGAUUAAAAAAAUCAUAUUGCAUUUAUAUUCAAAAAUGCUUUAAUAAAGUGUGUUCAUAAUCAUUGCAUAGAAUCAUUUUCAUAAAAGGAAUUGAAAGAAAAUAUUCAAGGGCUGCAAAGAAAAGUGAAUCGUUAUCAUUGAAGUAAAAAAUGUAUAAUAUAAAACUAUUUUUGGCACACGCAAGUUGAAGUGUAUGUUUAAAAUAACCAAAAUGUGUUUAAAUUCAAAAUUAUUUAUCUAUUUUGCUGAUCUCGUUUUUGUGUUCAUUUUCCAAAGCAUUUAAUUAUUUCCACCAUAAAUCAAUACAUUCCAGGAUUCAUCUUGAAACUAAAAAAAAAGAAUUGAUAUUUUUGUUAACUUUACUAAGAAUCAUAAAUUUGACAAUUAAGUUUUAUUGACAAAUCCCCCAUGGCAGAAUCGUGGCGACAUUAUCGCAGAACGCAAUAGA